AUAAAAAACGAAUUUAUUAAAAUAUACAAAUUUACACAUGGAAACAGAAUUUCCAUGUUUUUUCGGAAACAGAGUCCUAAUCGGAGUCCAACAGUUGUGAUUCACUAAAUAAAUAAUUAUUAUUAUGACUCACUGAGUAAAUAAUUCAAUAAUUUUAAUUAUCCGAAAGAUCGAAUCAAGAUGGGAGGGAAGCGAGUCGCCAAGUUUCAAACCAAGAAGCGUGUCGAGGUAGUUUACGGCGACGAUGAUCGGAUAAGUCACUUGCCCGACGACAUUCUCGUCGAUAUAAUUUCUUUAUUGUCGCUCAAGGAAGCCGUAUGCACUAGUGUUCUCUCGUCUCGCUGGCAUAACUUGUGGAAACAUAUUUACCGUCUCAACUUUGAUCCACAUUCUUCUUUACAAAAAGGGACUCAACAAGGAUUCGAAUCAUGCAAAGAGAAGAGGGAAACGUACGUGAAAUGGGUGAAUUCCGUCCUCAGAAAACACAAGGCCGCCAUCUUGAAAGAUUUCGUAAUCCGUCUGAGGUUGAGCAGAACGUUCCAGAAGGACGUUAACCGAUGGAUUAACUUUGCAAUUGUGAGGCACGUGCAGAGGUUAGAGUUGGAUCUUACCACAGACAACUGGAGCCUAAUUAAUUGUUCUUUACCCCAAGAGUUGCUCACUCAAAAUACUAGUUCCGAAAUUGACUUCAAGUUCCUCAAAAUAUUGUGUUUGAAAUCUGUUGAUGUGACAGAGGAAGAUAUGAAGUUUUUCCAAAGUAAAUGUCCGAUGCUCGAAGAAUUGGUUGUUGAUCGCUCGUUGAAAUUAGUAAAUGUUGAAGUUUGUGGUGGUCCAUCCCUUGUCUUGAAACACUUGGAGUUAACCCGCUGCUACGAUUUGAAAUCGGUUAAGGUUUCCACCCCAAACCUCACCUUACUUUCUAUUCACGGCUGCGAGAGUUGUUUGAAAUCGGUUAAGAUUACCGCCCCGAAUCUCACCUCACUUACUCUUCAGAAAGUAGAAAGCCUCUUCCUUGAGAAUGUCCCAAGGCUUGUUGAGGUAUCUAUUUGUCGGGCAUAUAGUCAAGUUUCUACCGCAGUCGCACUUUCUGCUUUUGCUUGCUGCGGUUUCCAAUUGGAGAUUCUUACGGUGGAGAUGAAAUCGUUUGAGGAAACAUUUCUCCCCACAAUUCUUCAACUCCCUAAACUGAAGAAGUUGGUGGUGUUCGUAAUGGGCGAUGAACUUUUUGAUUCUCGAAAUAGAUACCCAAGUGAUACGGGACUGACAAAUUUGAUGAAGGCGGCUCCCAACUUGCGAGAAUUCGUUUUAAACAUGCAGUACCCGGAUACUUUGAUGUUUAAUUUUAUUCGAUACGAUAAUAUUCAAAGAUUUUCUCACCGGCAUCAUCUUCAAGUUCAAAGUUUUAUUCACCAGCAGCUUAAAGUGUUCAAGUUUUGUGGCUAUUGUGGUGUCCCGAAUCAGGUUGAAGUACUCAAGAACGUGAUUGAGAAAUGUGUCGCGCUUGAGAAAGUAAUCAUCGAGCCACGUUACGAUAGAUUAUAUAGCUCUGAACCAAUAUACACUGAGGAAUUUAUUAAGGAACAAGUUGUGAAACGCCUUAAAGAACAAGUACCUCAGCAAAUUGAAUUGGUUAUUCUGUAACUUGACCUUUGAAUUGUUGCCUUUAUUUUCAUUUGUAAAAAACAAUUGUUUCUUCUAUUUGCAUAAUCAAAUAGAUAUUUUAAUAUGUUUA